AGGAAAUGUUAAAAACAUGAGACUCAGGAGGACAAUUUCUGCAGGGACUCCCUGGCUUCUGGAGGAGAGGGAGGUAGGGCAGUGGACAGGUGGCAUAGGAGAGAGACACAAUGGAAUCUGGCUUCACCUCCAAGGACACCUAUCUGAGCCAUUUUAACCCUCGAGAUUACCUAGAAAAAUAUUACAGCUUUGGGUCCACACAGUCUGCAGAAAACCAGAUUCUUAGGCUUCUUCUGAAAAAGCUUUUCAAUAUAUUCUGUGUGGCUGGCGUGAAGGGAGACCUCCUGAUUGACAUUGGCUCUGGCCCCACCAUCUAUCAGCUCCUCUCUGCUUGUGAAUCCUUCAAGACGAUCAUUGCUACUGACUACACCGAUCAGAACCUGCAGGAGCUAGAGAAGUGGCUGAAGAAGGAGCCAGGGGCUUUCGACUGGUCCCCGGUAGUGACCUAUGUGUGUGAGCUCGAAGGGAACAGAGUGAAGGGGCAAGAGAAGGAGGAGAAAUUGAGGCGGGCAGUCAAGCAGGUCCUGAAGUGUGAUGUGACCCAGAGCCGGCUGCUGGGGGCCGCCUCCCUGCCCCUGGCCGACUGCCUGCUCAGCACGCUGUGCCUGGACGCCGCCUGCCCAGACCUCCCCACCUACCGCUCCGCCCUCAGGAACCUCAGCAGCCUGCUCAAGCCAGGGGGCCACCUGGUGCUCGUGGAUGCCCUAAAGAGCAGCUACUACAUGAUUGGGGAGCAGAGGUUCUCUAGCCUCUCCCUGGACCGGGAGGCAGUCGAGGCUGCUGUGCGAGAGGCCGGGUAUGCCAUCAAGCAGUUUGAUGUGAUCUCGCAAAGUUACUCUUCCACUGUGGCCAACAACGAAGGCCUUUUCUUCCUGGUGGGGCAGAAGCUGAGCAGAUCUGCAUGACACCUUGUGGCCACAAUGAAGGCACUUCCUUGACUUACCCAGUUGACUUCAGUCCUUGGUUCUAAUUGUUGCGGUCACUAUGCUGAGUAGAGGCUAAUGGCUGGGGCGCUGAGGGUUUGUCUAGGACAAGGUUAUAGCCAUCAGUAAACCUGGAGGCGAUUGGUUGACCACCUACUCUGUGUCUAGUCUUCACUACCUGUGAUUAUAAAAGAAAAUAUAACGUUCCUUAAGCAUCUUGCUUAUGAAGGCUCAAGCCCACACCUGCCUACAGAGCAAUGUCUGAAGUUACUCAGCAUUCAUUUCCUUGGGGCCUGCUUCCUCCUUCUCUCCACAAACAGACUUCUCCUCUUCAACUCUUGCCUUCUCUAGAGACCCCGUCUUCAGCUGGGGUCCCCUGGUACCAUCACUACCUCUGGGGUCAGAGAACAGCUGUUGCUUUGCUCCUGGGUCCCAGGGAUGAGUCAGGCCCUUCUCUUACUUCCUCAACACACCUACCUGAAGAGAAGCUUAGGAGUUAGCAAGCGCGAUAGCAGGUGCUCAUUACAGCUGCCCUUAGAAACAGUCUUCAGAGCCCGCCUCCUGAGAGGGUCCUGUUGGCAUAGCUCUCGGCCAAGUACCUCCUUAGAGUUAGCUUCUAUCCUGAUGGCAUGCCAUGCUCUCCUCCCAGGCACCAUCACCCACGAUGCUCUAAAACAGAGGUUGACAAACUAUGGCCCAUGAGCCAGAGCCAGCCUGCUGCCUGUGUUGUAAAAUCUUACUGAGACAUGACCAUGCAUUUACACAUUGCCUGUGGCUGUUUUCGUGCUAUAAUACCAGAGUUGAAUAGUGUGACAGCAACUGUAUGCAUGACCUGUGAGGAACAGAGUAAAGACGUAAGAUGGAGUCAAGCUGCUAAAUGAUUAACUUCAAGUGGGCUGAGUCAUAGGGAAAUGACUAUUUUUGUUUUAAAUGACUCUGGGGACUUAAACUUUUGAACUUUCCAUUCUGUGUCAAUACCUGGAAGCACAUCAGUACAUCGUGUGUUAAUGACUGGACAUGCACCAAACCGCCAGGUAACCAGCUGAAUGACGUCAACAAGAAAAUGUUGCGAUGUCUAGACCACUGGGCAUCUGAUGAUUACCACCACACAUAUGACGGUGACCAUCUUGAACCAAUUCGGGGGCUAAGAAUGUAGAACUGAUUUUCCUCAAGAAUAUACUUUUUAUUGUAAGAACCCUCAGCUAUUCUUUCCCUUUCAGAACACUCUAGAUACUGCCUCGUUGUGUUUCUGGUUUGCAACCCUUAAGACCAUUGAAUAAAUCUUUGUCACUUAUUUCUAGCCACAGCUCCAGGCUCUACUGAGCUCAGUUGACAUUUAGCAAAGCCCAAACUAGCUAUUAUCUGGACCAUUAUAGAAAAAGUUUGCUGAUCCCAACAUAAAGGAGAGAGGAGUGUCCCUUCCCACUCUUCCUCAUCCCAAGAUUUCCCUUUUCCCAGGUUUACUGACAGGGGACCUUUCUGCUUUCCACAAGGGAGAGUCCUUCCUCCCACUCCCCCCACAUUCACGGACAAUCACAUCAGAGCACAAGA